CUGUCCUGUCUUGCCAAAAUUAUGUCAUUAUGAAGAAAUGUCAAAUUAUCCAUCCUACUCUCCCAUUAUCUGAUGAAGAAUUGUUAAUUACUAUCCAGAGUUCAUUUAUUUGUGAAGUUCUGUGAAGAUUUGAUAUAUUAAAGUCGAAUAAGCGCUCAAGGAAAAGAACAUAAUGGCAUACAAUCCCGGCUAUGGUGCCCCGCAAGGAUACGGUCAGCCUCCAGCUGGUUACGGCGGCCCCCCUCCCGGUCAACUGGAAAUAGGACAUGGGCCAUACCCAUCGAUAGGACCAGGUGGUGCAGUCAGUCCUCAAGUGCAGCAGUGGUUUCGUGCAGUUGACAAAGACCAAUCUGGAUUUAUCACAGCUGUGGAACUGAAAUCAGCAUUGGUAAAUGCUCAGGGACAAACCUUUUCGGAAACCGCCUGCAAUUUAAUGAUAGGAAUGUUCGACAAAGAUCGUUCAGGCCACAUCAACGUUGAAGAGUUUGAAAAACUAUACACCUACAUUAACCAGUGGCUUGCGGUGUUCAAGACAUAUGACACGGAUCAAUCUGGACACAUCGACGAAAAAGAACUUUCUGAAGCAUUGACGAAGAUGGGUUUCCGGUUCACACCGGAAUUUGUAAGCUUUUUAGUGAAGAGAUGCGACUCAAACGAAGGCAAAGUUUCUGUGGAUAGCUUCAUUGUGCUAUGUGUGCAGAUACAACGUUUUACUGAAGCAUUCCGAGCUCGGGACACACAACAAAACGGAACCGUAACCAUCGGAUUUGAAGAUUUCCUUACUGUUGCUCUUAGCUGCUCUGUUUGAAGAGAAAUGUAAAAGUAUUGAGCUGCCGCAAUAAGUUUUACUCUCACUAAGUAUAGCAGUAAUUAUAAUAAUUUAUUUUUUAUUAUUUUCAUAAAAUUCCAUUUAUACAUAGAACAUAUCACUCAAAAUUGCAAUCAAUCAUUUACUUAGCAUUAUCUUAUAACGAUAAUAUAAGUAAAGUGGAUAUGCACAUCGCUAGUAAAUGUUUAUUUAUUACAUACUUGAGAAAUGGUUUGAUCAGCUUAUUUAUAAUGCCUAUUGCCUAUGCAAAAAUAUGUAGGUAUAUCGAAUAAAAGAAACUCAGUACCUGCAUAAAUAGAAAGCGGAAUAGCUUGCCUAUAAAAAAGUAGAUUUUAAUGAAUUGACAAAAGAUUAUUAUCACUAUAACUGCUUGCAUAAAGAUGCUACAAUAUUAUUAUAAUAUCACUGUACGUGUACGGGUACCGCAUCAAAGAUAGUGUGUGAAUAAAACUUAAGUUUGUGACCACAAAUUAUAAGAUCUAAAUCCCCACCUACCGUGAAAUUAUUUUUGCUACAGCAAUAAUGAAUUUUUGAUACAUCUACUUAGAUGUUUAUAUUAAUGUUAUUGAUAAAACUGGCUAUUGCUUGGUAAGGGGAAAUAAAUAGAUAUUUUGAUAA